AAUGACCAGGCUUUACACCUAAAAAUAAGACCUCCUCUUCCCCAUUCUUCACUUUCCCCUCUUUUGUCAAAGAUCCCCCAACAACAACUCUCCCAACCCUUUCACCGCCUCUCUUCCACCACCAAACAAACAAUGGGGAAAGGCGCUUCCUUGUCUAAUGGCUUAGUAAAGAAGAUCGUUCUUUCCUAUACCUAUGUAGCCAUCUGGAUCUUCCUUUCUUUCACUGUCAUUGUUUACAACAAAUACAUUCUUGACAGGAAACUCUAUGGUUGGCCAUUCCCCAUCUCUCUUACAAUGAUCCACAUGACCUUUUGUUCAUCUUUAGCUUUCCUUCUUGUUCGUGUCUUCAAAGUUGUUGAGCCUGUUUCUUUAUCUCGUAACGUCUACCUCACUUGUAUACUCCCUAUUGGUGCUCUUUAUUCCGUUUCCCUUUGGCUUUCAAACUCUGCUUAUAUCUAUCUUUCUGUUUCCUUUAUUCAAAUGUUGAAAGCCCUUAUGCCUGUUGCUGUUUAUACUAUUGGGAUCUUGUUUAAAAAGGAUGGUUUCAAGAACUCAACUAUGGGGAAUAUGCUUGCUAUUUCAGUUGGCGUUGCUAUUGCUGCGUAUGGUGAAGCAAAGUAUGAUUCUUGGGGUGUUUUACUUCAGUUACUUGCUGUUUUGUUUGAGGCUACUAGGCUUGUUAUGAUCCAGAUCUUGUUGACUUCAAAGGGUAUUAGCUUAAAUCCAAUUACUUCUUUGUAUUAUGUUGCUCCUAGUUGCUUGGUUUUCUUGUCAAUUCCUUGGAUUUUUGUGGAGCUUCCAGUAUUGAGAGAGAACUCGAGUUUUCAGUUUGAUUUCGCGAUUUUCGGGACUAAUUCGUUGUGUGCUUUCGCGUUGAACUUGGCUGUGUUCUUGUUGGUUGGAAAGACUUCAGCUUUGACUAUGAAUGUUGCUGGGGUUGUUAAAGAUUGGUUGCUUAUUGCAUUUUCUUGGUCGGUGAUUAAGGAUACCGUGACACCAGUGAAUCUGAUUGGGUAUGGAUUGGCAUUCUUGGGCGUUGCGUACUAUAAUCAUCAGAAGUUACAGGCAAUGAAGGCAAAGGAAGCACAGAAGAAAGCUCAACAAGCAGAUGAGGAAGCUGGUAGAUUGUUGACUGAGAGAGAAUCUGAUGGAUCACCUGAUGGAAAGAAGGGUGAUUCACAGUCCUAGUUGAAAAAUUUGACAAAAAGGAUAUCAAAUAAAUCUAAUGGAAUUGACUGGAUGACAAGCAUAAGAUUUGGGGGUUUACUUCAAGUUGACUUGUGCUUUUGGAAUGGAUCUUGGUAUGUUGGUGGAUGAUCUGUUACCGGUCUUGGAUUAGAUCAGUUUCAGUUCAUACGUAAGGUUAUUUUAGCAUAUCCACAUUUGUCUUUGUUUACAUUGCAUAUUCAAUUCAUGUAUCUUGGUUUAGUAGAUUUAAGAUCUCCAGAUACCCUUAUAGUUGUUUUGAGUUUCUGCUGCUACUUUUACCUUUUUGAUUCACCUCUGCAUGUUUAGGUACUUGUUGAAUCCUUGAUGUUACUGGAGUAUAAUUUAUUUACAAUUUUCCCUUA